AUGGGGAUGGAAAGAGAACACACACCGCUUCUCGCAUACAAGAUUCCCACAAGAACGCGUCAAUUUCUUACGUCAGGCUGGAUCGGGCUAGUGCAAAAUUUUCUUGUCCUUGCCAGCCAAAUCCCGAAAAUGACAGCAUGCUAUUCGACGAGCAAAAUGUUCAAACGGCUUGCGCUUUGGAUUCUCUUUGUGGUCCUCUUGAUUCUCAGCUGGCGGCCAGUGUUUGAUUUGUGGAGCAAUGAGUUGGAUCGAACCAUCAACGCCGAUCUCGACAGCAAUAUUAGAGCCGUGAUGAAGUUUGCUGGCCCUCACCUCCAAGAUUGCAAGCACUGCAGCGCCAUGAAUUCCAAGUUCGAUCACGACUCCACCUCGACAAGAGAAUUUCCCGCAUGGAUCAAUGGAGCUGAGGAGGACAAUCUCCCAUUCACACGGCGCGUCCAGCGUGAUAUUUGGUUGCACCAACACCCCCGAAACUGUAGCGAUGCGAAAUUCCUGGCACAUUGGCACGAAACAAGUAGUUCAGUUGGAGUUGGAUCGGACAUGGUGUCCAUGGCUGGAAUGCUGGGAGCAGCUAUUAUUGAGAAUAGGUUUCUUAUCACCCAUGGGGCCAAACACAAAGGCUGCGCAGGAUCAAGUCAUGGUCGCUGGUCAUGUUAUUUUGUUCCGGAGGCCUCCGAGGAGUGCAUAACACGGGCAUUGCAGCUUUCUAUGCAGGAGGAGGCCAGGAGAGAGGGAAUUGUUAAGGACUUCAGCGGGGAUCAAUGGAAUCUUGUGCCCAGUUCUUGGGGGGAGCCAUGGAAAGCAAUGCAACCAACUGUGGAGCUGGAUGGAAAGCUUGUGAAUCACAACGCAAACCAUCGAAGGUGGUGGAGAGCUCAGGCAAGUUUAUAGAAGCUAGUCUAAGAUUUAAACAGAGAUUUAUACACAGGCACUCCUCUGUCUCAUACGUUUUCCAAGUGAGUACCUUUGCAAUCUUAUGAACCUAGCAAGGCAUAGGUCAUUUGGAGAGGAAGUAGCAAAACUUGUUGACAAACCUCUUCCAUUGUCGACUGAGAUUAAUAGUUUGGAGAAGCAGAGCUGCAGGCCAUGGAUGCCACGUCCUAUGGUUAGCAUCCAUGUAAGGCAGGAGGACAAGGGAAGAGAAAUGGAGAUUAUUCCCUUUCAUGAGUAUAUGAAGCUUGCCAACUCUCUUUGCCGGAGAUUUCCAGAUGUAAAGAGUGUAUGGCUUUCGACAGAAAUGGAGGUAAUAUAACUUCCUCUUCACAUUCUAAGAGACUAUUAUUACUUUUAGGACGUUAUGGAAGAA